AUGUAUCUUAAGUUAUAUGUUUAUCUCGCAAGGUAUCGCCAUUAUCGUUGGGUACCGUCUGGUAUCCGGGUCACCAAAAUCGAUGACCUAAAUUUCAGCUGGCAGGACAAACACGUCUCGGUAGCACGUCCUUGUGGUUACCUUCAGUGCCUUCACGAGACUAACACACGCGCCAUGAGCGGCCGCUCUAAGGGCGGGCCCAUUCUUAUAGCUUUCGCGGCCGCAUUUCUUCCACAAGCUGAAAAUGUCGCGGGUGUUGGCGGUGGAGGCAUGUUUGGAGAUGUCAAUAUAUCAGCUAUAUUAGAUUCAUUUAGCAUAAGUUACGACAAAAGAGUAAGGCCAAACUAUGGAGGACCACCCGUGGAAGUGGGCGUUACCAUGUACGUGCUCUCCAUCAGCUCUCUGUCUGAAGUCAAAAUGGAUUUCACACUGGAUUUUUACUUCAGACAAUUUUGGACCGACCCACGUUUGGCUUAUAAAAAACGACCAGGUGUAGAAACUCUGUCUGUUGGUUCAGAAUUUAUAAAAAAUAUUUGGGUACCUGACACAUUUUUUGUAAACGAAAAACAAUCAUAUUUUCAUAUAGCAACCACAAGCAACGAAUUUAUACGCAUUCAUUAUUCGGGAUCAAUCACUAGAAGUAUCAGAUUAACUAUAACCGCAUCAUGCCCUAUGAAUCUUCAGUAUUUUCCUAUGGACAGACAGCUCUGUCACAUUGAAAUAGAGAGUUUCGGGUACACCAUGAGAGACAUUCGGUACCAUUGGAAGGACGGACUUAUGAGUGUCGGCAUGAGCAACGAGGUGCAGCUACCGCAGUUUCGUGUUCUAGGACACCGUCAGCGUGCUACUGUUGUAACUCUCACGACAGUCGGCUACACCAUGCGGGACAUCCGAUACAAAUGGAACGAAGGACCAAACUCUGUUGGAGUUUCGAGCGAGGUGUCGCUUCCGCAGUUCAAGGUUCUUGGUCAUCGUCAACGAGCUAUGGAGAUCUCACUUACGACAGGAAAUUAUUCAAGAUUGGCCUGUGAAAUACAAUUUGUUCGAUCAAUGGGAUACUACUUGAUUCAAAUUUAUAUUCCGUCUGGUUUAAUAGUUAUUAUAUCAUGGGUGUCUUUUUGGCUAAACCGAAAUGCCACUCCUGCACGAGUAGCUCUGGGCGUAACAACUGUGUUGACUAUGACUACGCUUAUGUCUUCAACAAACGCUGCACUCCCCAAGAUAUCAUAUGUGAAGUCAAUUGACGUCUACCUGGGAACUUGUUUCGUGAUGGUCUUCGCUAGUUUAUUAGAAUAUGCGACGGUGGGAUAUAUGGCUAAACGAAUACAAAUGAGAAAGCAAAGAUUUGUAGCGAUUCAAAAAAUUGCAUCAGAGAAGAAAUUGCCCGUUGACUGUCCUUCCAUAGGAGACCCACAUACUCUUUCUAAACUGGGGACUCUGGGAAGAUGCCCACCGGGUAGACCCUCAGAAGUUCGCUUUAAAGUGCAUGAUCCUAAAGUUCAUUCAAAAGGCGGAACUUUGGAAAAUACUAUAAAUGGAGGUGGAAGAGGUGUCGAAGAAGAUAACCCAGGGCCACAUUCACACAUUUUACAUCCAGGGAAGGAUAUAAGCAAACUUCUUGGUAUGACACCAUCAGACAUAGAUAAGUACUCUCGUAUCGUCUUUCCGGUUUGUUUCGUGUGCUUUAAUCUAAUGUACUGGAUCAUUUAUCUACACGUUUCUGACGUCGUGGCUGACGAUCUGGUACUUCUGGAAGAAGACUAA